UGCUUGCGUUUUUACUAAAUUUGCAGAUUUUCGAUCCAGAAGAAAACGAGGAAGAAAAACAUAAAAGAAAUUAAAUUUUUUCUUUUGGGUGUGUCUUGUUUCGUUUUCUAAAUUUCAGUGCUCAGAGAUUUUCCGGAUAAAACCCUCAUUUGGUAUCUGUCCUCUUUCCUUUUCGUCCUAAAACAAUUAACUUACUAGAAAUUCGUAUUUUUCGUUUGGUAAAGCUGCUGAUUGUAGGCAUGAGUGGCGGAGAUCUUAUCAACAUUCAUCCUUCCGAGCUCAAGUUUCCAUUUGAGUUGAAUAAGCAGAGCUCAUGUUCCAUGCAACUCGCUAACAAGACGGAUCAAUACGUGGCCUUCAAGGUUAAAACGACCAACCCCAAGAAAUACUGCGUGCGUCCCAACACAGGAAUCGUUUUGCCUGGGUCAACAUGUGACGUUACUGUUACAAUGCAAGCUCAAAAGGAGGCUCCACCUGAUAGGGAGAGCAAAGACAAGUUCCUUCUUCAGAGUGUGGCCGCACCUCAUGGUACAGCCGCCAAGGAUAUAACCCCAGAUAUGUUCAACAAAGAGGCUGGUAAAGUUAUGGGGGAGUUCAAAUUGAGGGUGGUUUACGUUCCUGCAAAUCCCCCCUCACCAGUUCCUGAAGGAUCUGAAGAAGGAUCUUCCCCAAGGGCAUCUGUGCUGGAGAAUGGCAACCAAAACAACGUGUUAUUUGAUGCUAGUACGAGAUCUGGAUUGGAAGCUAACCACACAAGAUCUAUGGAGGGGCCUAGGAACAAAUCUUCAGAGGCAUUGUCUAUAAUUUCCAAGUUGACUGAGGAGAAAACUUCUGCCAUGCAAAAAAAUCAGAAACUGCGUCAAGAAUUGGAGUUGAUGAAAAACGAAAUUAGCAAAAGCCGUGCUGGUGGCUUCUCCUUCCUGUUUGUUCUGUUGGUUGGUCUCUUGGGUAUCCUUGUCGGAUACCUUGUUAAGAAAACAUAGUCCUAACAAUCAGUGUUCCAUAGCCUGCAAGCGCACGUCAAUAUUUGGAGUGUUUAGAUGAUUCACAGCUUUGUCAGAGGACCUCUUCCAGUAUCAAUGUAAAAAGUGGUUAUCCAUUAUGUAUUAUUUUCUUCUGGCUCUUAACUUAUUAUGUGAAUGGAGUCUUAAAUUUCUUUUGUUCUUUGUUGAUUUGAAGUUCAUAAACUUGAAUUAAUGAUUGAUUCAUGAGUCCCAGUUAGGUUAGAGCUUCUUUUG